AAAUCACCUUCACCUUCCGCCUCGUUCUGGGAGAUCUGCCGUCGAUACAAUCAUGUUCUGUCGGACGGCACAGGUUUUUGUUCCACAAUGCACGCAAGUGCGUGGAAUGGCAACUCUGAAAGAAAUUCGUGUCCGCUUAAAGUCGGUCACAAAUAUUCAGAAGAUCACCAAAUCCAUGAAGAUGGUGUCAGCAGCCAAAUAUGCCAAGGCUGAGAGAGAACUGAAGCCUGCCAAACCAUACGGAGAACAGGCAACUGCUCUGACCAAGAACUUGAGCAUGAAAGAUGAUGAUGAGACAGAGAUGAUCAUAGCAUUGACCUCUGACAGGGGUCUCUGCGGAUCGAUCCACUCCAGCGUGGUCAAGGCCAUCAAGGCCCGCUUGGCCGAGAAAGAUGACGCCAAGCUGGUGCUGGUCGGAGACAAAGCCAAGGCUAUGCUGCAAAAAGUCUAUGGUAAAAAAGUGCUAGGACAUUUCAAUGAUAUUGGAAAAGCCCCUCCAGUCUUUCAGGAUGCCUCCAAGAUUGCACUGUCGGCCAUAGAUCUAGGACUGCAGGAUUACACUAAAGUCACCAUGUAUUACAAUUCCUUUAAGAGCGUAGUAGCAUUUAGAACCUUGAAAGUACCACUGCCGACCAAAAACAACAUGACUGGGGCCGAGAACUACAACCUGUACGACAGCAUCGACGACGAGGUCCUGCAGGCUUACAACGAGUUCACCCUGGCCACCAUGGUGUAUUACGGACUGAAGGAGGCCCAGUGCAGCGAGCAGAGCUCUAGGAUGACGGCCAUGGACAGCGCUAGCAAAAACGCAGGAGAAAUGAUCGACAAACUGACCUUGACCUUCAACAGGACCCGACAGGCCGUCAUCACCAGGGAGUUGAUAGAAAUUAUCUCUGGAGCCGCCGCCCUGUAGCGGGGGGGACACGUGCUCUAGGACACUGGCA